GGAGGAAGACUUUCCUGAGAACGUGGACAGAUAGCAGCAGUUAACAUUUUCAGGAGAGUAGGGGAGGCAUCAUUUCAACGCAUUCAUUUAAAUUAGGAAUACUUGCCAGGCCCUGUGCUAAGUAGUGUUAAAAAAUAACGAAAGAAAACAAUUUCGGCGAUGCAAACAAAUGCAUUGAUUUUCAGACUGUCACGAAGCGGACAGUCUCCUUCCGGAGAACUGCAGAAUGAGGCAGAAGGCCCAGAGCUUUUGUAGGAUGAAGAAUAAAGAAAAAGAGACAGAAAAUAUCGGAUUGGUGGGGGCCACAUAGUCAGCCUAUGUUGAGAGGCCCAGAGUUGGCUUGUCUUUGAGGGGUUGGCCAACUCAAUAUAUUGCAUUUAUAGGCAAACGGAGCAUUUAUGGGAUGGCAAAUUUAUCUAGUUAUCUAAGUUUUGGUAUGUUGAUGUGCCACCCUGCACAGGAGGAACUCCAUCUUGGACCUAGAAAUUCAUUUCAACAGUAGGUGAUGUUCCCAGGGACCUGCAUAAUUUUCCUUCUCACUAGCUAUGUGUUAAAUCAUCUUGCUUAACUAAAACUUACAUCAUUUGCUUUGUGCAGCCAACUUUCCAAACAAAAAAAAAAUGUCCAACUCAUUUUUGGAAUAUGUUCUUUCAUUCUACAAUUUUUUUGAGCCUCAAUAGUACUUUUACUGCUGCACACAUACAAGAGUCACAAAUAUAAGGGAUUAAAACCACAGAUUACUUAAAUUACUUAUGUGUUGAAAAGGCUGAUAAGGACCUUGAGAGAAAAUCUAAAUCUAUGUUUCCACUCCUCCCCCCCGCCUCAUUUUCACAUGUGAGAGCCUGCUGUUUACCAACUAUCGCUCUAGGUGCUAGAGGUACAGAGUAAACUGGACAUCGGCAGAAAUAAGAGGGCUUCUGUGAAGAACUAUAACUCUCUUGGAAGAAAUAAGCCUUGAGGGAAUGAUAUAAUUUGUGAAAUGUACUGAGGGAGGAGCAUAGUAAGCAAAUCAAACAGCUGAUCUUUUCUUGAAACUUAGCUGGUGUGACCUGAAAGGGGAGUAUAUAAUAGUCAGGUGGGACACAGGCAGUGAUCAUCAGUCCAGGAAGACAAACCAGCCUGCAGAGAGGAAUGGAGUCGACACAGGAAAUGGCAGGAAGUCUUUUGAAGACAUCAUCUAUGUCUAUAAAGACAAAAUUGCUACAUCAAAUGGGAGUGUCACUUUAUAAUACAUCUCAUGGCUUCCAUGAGGAAGAAAUAAAAAAAACACUCCAGCAGUUUCCUGGUGGAUCCAUUGACCUUCAGAAGAAAGAUGAUGGCAUUGGCAUUCUUACUCUGAACAAUCCAAGUAAAAAGAAUGCCUUCUCGGGUGCCAUGAUUCUACAACUUUUGGAAAAAGUGACUGAACUGGAAAAUUGGACCGAAGGGAAAGGUCUCAUAGUUCAUGGGGCAAAAAAUACUUUCUCCUCAGGAUCUGAUCUGAAUGCUGUGAAAGCACUAGGAACUCCAGAGGAUGGAAUGGCCUUAUGUAUGUUCAUGCAAAACAUCUUAACAAGAUUUAUGAGACUUCCUUUAAUAAGUGUCGCACUGAUUCAAGGUUGGGCAUUGGGUGGAGGAGCAGAAUUUCUUACAGCGUGUGAUUUCAGAUUGAUGACUAGAGAGAGUGAGAUCAGAUUUGUUCACAAGGAGAUGGGUAUAAUACCGAGCUGGGGUGGUGCUACCCGGCUGGUUAAAAUUAUCGGCAGCAGACAAGCUCUCAAAGUGUUAAGCGGGGCCCUCAAACUGGAUUCACAAAAAGCCUUAAAGCUAGGAAUGGUCGAAGCGGUCUUGGAGUCUUCCAGUGAAACCGAGUGUCUGGAAGAGGCACAAGAGUGGCUAAAGCAGUUUACCGAAGGUCCACCAGAAGUAAUCAGAGCUUUGAAAACAUGUAUUUCUGCAAGCAGAGAGCUUGGUUUAGAGGAGGCAUUACAGACUGAAAGAGAUCUUUUAGGAACAGUUUGGGGGGGACCUGCAAAUUUAGAAGCUAUUGCUAGAAAAGGAAAAUUUUGUAAGUAGUUUUUAAAUUUGAUGUACAACUCCAACAAUUAAUAUGUCAAGUUAAAUGAUAUUAGAGUGUCAGAAUUCCUUUGAAGGGUACUAGUAUUUGGUUGCUUUUUAGUAAUUUUUUGAAUUCCUAAAAUCAUUGGCAGUUUUCAGAAACCUCUCCCUUACCUGCGGGGAAUCUGUUCCAUGACCCCCAGUGGAUACCUGAAACCGAGGAUAGUACUGAAUGCUGUGUAUAGUUUUUCCCUUUACUUACAUACCUUUUGCUAAAGUUUGAUUUAUAAAUUACAUACAGUAAGAGAUUAAUAAUAAAACAAUUAUAACAAUA